AUGCCAAGAUCGGCAUCAUUCGCCCCGUCUGCGCCGGCAGCAGUGUCCCAGGAGGAGCCAGUAAGGGGCAGCUCUUCUGUUUCACCCACCAAGCCAACGUUUCAGAGCACCCUGUUCAACGUCAAGUUCGGAACACAACGGAAUCGACUGCCUCCAUCAAGGGCUGGUCCAAGCAUAGCCAAGCGCACACGGUCACAAGCAUCACAGAGUCACAGACCAGAUAGCGAAGAAGCAGAGGAAAAACGUGCAAAAGUGGAACCCCCAUCUUCACCACUAGCCACCGGCACAGCAGCGCCGAAAUACCACCACAAAGGCCCAUUUCAUCAGGUCACACGCUCCGACUUCACCUCUGCCUACAAAGUUGAUGAUCUCCCAGAUGCCGAAAUCUACUACAAGUCAGGCUUCAUCCACCAUUCUCUAGCCGAAGAGUGGCGUCAACAGCUCGACCGAUUGCCAGAAUGGUAUCGUCCCAAACUCAAAGUCUAUGGUCGCGAGAUCACACAGAGUCGUGAGAUUGCCGCCUACGCCACUGCGCCUGGCUUACAUCUCAAGUAUAGUGGCCAUCCUGUCGAGCUACACACACCUUUUCCACCACUGCUAGAUCACAUAGCCUCUCUGCUUUCAACAGAUGAAUGCUUAGGUUCGGAAGUCAGAUUCAACCAUUGCAUGCUCAAUCGGUACGACGACGGAAGCAUCUACAUUGGACGACAUUCGGACAAUAUCGAGAACAAGGUGAUUGUCACAGUCUCAUUAGGCGCAGACAGGAGCUGGAUUAUGGAACGCAAACAGCCAAGAGGAAGCAAAGGUGCAAUAGAAGAGAAAGAUAAGGUCAAGAAGCGAUGGACAUUGGCUGGUGGAAGCUUGUUGGUGAUGCAGGGUCAGACGCAGAACUUCUACACACAUGAGAUCCCGAAAGAACUCAAAGUCAAGGGUCCUAGAAUAAGUAUCACAUUCCGCCAACUUGUGUAUCACAAAUAG